AUGAAUGUGGGCUCUAUAUUAAAUGAUGAUCCACCUCAAAGCGGAUCGCAAUCGUCACACCAACAGACUCAAACCCCAUCUGGUCACAAUCUGCUGCUACUGCAACGUCAACAACCUCGCCAACCACCAUCCAGUUGCUCGUCUUCACAAUCAGUCCACCAAAGACAUUCAAUAACGAAUAUGUUGAAUGAUACGACACAAGAAGACGUGUCGCUGAAACCCCAUGAGCAAGUGCUGCAACAGAAAUCCGUGCCACAGCAACUGCCUCAACAACCGCCAGCACAACCAAUGGAAGAGUUCCGAAAACCAUUCAGUUCAAGUGCGAUGAGCUCCCCAGUAUUGACCCAAAGACCAAACCCAAUUCAUAUGGGUAGUAGUAGUGCAGUUUCGAGCUCUCGAACAAGCCCCAACACUUCGAAACGAAAUAGUAUAGCUAAUUUGACCAAUCCUGAGGAUGCGCCAGCCAUUAGACGUGAAGAAGCUGACACCAAUCACUCAGCGGUAAAACAUACUGAGAGCAAGAUAUGUACUGAACCGGUGGUGAAUCCUGAUGAUGAUGACUUAACCAAAAUCAAAAAAAUCAAACAGUCAAACAAACCAAAAAGAUACGAUACACCACCUAUAUGGGCGCAAAGAUGGGUUCCUCCUAAUGCGCGUGGUCCAGGCGAUGUCAACAAUGGGGCACCUAAUGUCAGUAGUGAUGCCAAUGGAUUAACAAGGGUAUCACUGAAACCAGUAUUUGACCGAACUGUUACGAAUUAUGUCGAUUUACAAUGUAGUAUCACUGGAGUUAUUCCGCCUUCAUCGAUGACACGUACAAUAGCGGAGUGGGUAUAUGCGAAUUUUGCCAACAUUGAGGAUUCCAAUAGACAGAAUGUUGAAUUAGAGUUGAAGUUUGGAAAGAUUAUCGACAAAAGAACAGGUAAUAGGAUCAAUUUGAAUGUUAUCACAGAGUGUAUUUACACCAAUGACUCAGAUAUUCGAUUUGAUAUGGAGGUGGAAGAGAUUGCUUGGAACGACGUGCGUAAAAUGUUUGACGAAUUGGAGAAACGAUUUCAAGAGGAAAAGAAAACUGAUCCCAGUAUUCGAGACAAACGUAAAUUCAGCAUGCUUGAAUCUGAUCAAACCGAUUCCUUUUAUCAAAUUGGCAACAAGAAUGAACAUUUGCGGAAAGUGAGGAUAUCAAAGGAUAAUUUACUCCAACCACCUCGGUACACUGCUAUUCAAAAGGAAAGAAUUGCUGACUUGUACAUCCAUAACCCUCAAUCAAUGUAUGAUUUACGUCUUUCCCUUUCGUUGGAAGUACCAGUACCAGAGGGAAAUAUUGAGUCCAUCAUGGCAAAAAAUCAACCACAAUUAACGCGUGAUAAGAAAAGGGUCUCAUUCACACAUACUCCAACAAUUACUCAAUUUGAUCUUACGCGAGUAAUGAUACCCCGUGAGUUCAAAAAUAAAGCAGGUAAAAAGGUCGUAAAUCAUGAAAUCAAGUAUGAGGUUGAAAUGGAAGCUGAUACGUUGGAGAUAUUUCAAAGUAUAGACAAAGUAAGGCAAGGCACUGACACUUUUAGGUUAGAAGAAGUGGUUGAGAUAUUCUUGAAUAAUGCCAGAGUUAUCAACAACCGAGUAACCAAGUUGGCGUUGUGA